GAUGCCACCGCAGCAAUAAGUCCGGCGGAACGCCGUGCUCGAUCCCGAAACGAAAAGCCCCGGGAGCCGGCGCGAUGCGAGUCAAAACAAUACGGAUAGAAGAGGAACAAAGUGAGAAGUUAACUAAGAACAUGAAGUUACUCAUCUUCCUCACAGUAAUCCUGGGCACACUUGUCACAGGACUAGAUUCUGCUUUCAGCAAGCACUACAAGCUGCCCUAUAAACACAGAUCAGGUCACAAAGACUGCCAUUGUUUGAAUGGAGGAACCUGCAUUGCCUAUUACUUCUUUAGUGGAAUUAGUCGUUGCGUAUGCCCAGAAGGACACACUGGGAUUCACUGUGAACUAGACACUGACAGCAAAUGCUAUACUGAGAAUGGUGAGGACUACAGAGGAAUGGCAACAGAAGAGGACUGUCUGCCAUGGGAUCUCCCCUCGGUAGUCAGGAGGAGUCAGUACCAUGCCCACUUGAAGAAUGCUCUGCAGCUCGGGCUGGGCAAACACAGCUACUGCAGAAAUCCAAAUGGAAGGAACAGGCCCUGGUGCUAUACCAAAAGGGGAUUCUCCAUUCAAGAAACACCCUGCAACAUAGAGAAGUGUGGGCGUGCAUGUGGUCAAAGGAGCAUCAGCAAGUACUUCAAGAUCGUUGGUGGAAGCCAAGCAGAGGUUGAGUCUCAGCCUUGGGUAGCUGGCAUCUUCCAAAACAUAAGGGGUGUUGACCAGUUUCUGUGUGGUGGCAGCCUCAUCGACCCUUGCUGGGUGCUUACAGCAGCACACUGUUUUCAUAACCCGCCAAAGAAACCACAAAACAAAUCCAUCUACAAAGUCUUCCUUGGAAAGUCCGUGCUGAAUGUUACUGACAGUAAGGAACAAGUAUUCAUGGUGGAUGACAUCAUCUCUCACCCUGACUUUACAGAUGACACUGGUGGCAAUGAGAAUGACAUUGCUCUGAUGAGGAUAAGAACAGCUUCUGGACAGUGUGCAGUAGAAUCCAAGUAUGUCAGAACAGUGUGUUUGCCAGAGAAGAACCUUUAUUUACAAGACCAUACCCGAUGUGAGAUAGCUGGCUAUGGAAAAAAGGAUUUUUAUGACAUCUUCUACGCUCAAAGACUGAUGUCAGCCACUGUGAACUUAAUACCACAGACAAAGUGCAAAUAUGAAUACUAUGACAGUAUCAGAGUUACUGACAACAUGGUCUGUGCUGGAGAUCCCACAUGGAUGACUGAUGCAUGCAAGGGAGACUCUGGUGGCCCCAUGAUCUGUGAGCACAAUGGCAGGAUGAUACUUUAUGGAAUUGUCAGCUGGGGAGACGGCUGUGCAAAGGAAAACAAGCCUGGUGUUUACACAAGAGUUACUCGAUACCUUAACUGGAUUGACUCCAAUAUGAAUGCGGUGUGACUGCUUCCCUUCUCCCACAGAUCUGCCCAGGUAUGAUUUGUCAGGAGGAAGGAGAACUGCCAACCGUGUGAAUGUGCUGUGAGUAACCCAUCGACAUCCCAGUCUUGUACAGGAACAGCAAGCACCACUUAAACAAAAAAUGAUCACCAACUAUACUGGAUUGUCAACUGUUUGGCAAUGCAAUUUGUGGUUGUGAUCUGCAAACAGAAAUUUAUUAGCAGAGAUUCCCACUGCAUGUGGCAGAGUGAUUUGGCAAAAGCAUGCUGUUUGUGGACUGCUGGUUAAAAUUUGCACAGGGAGUUGCAUUCUUUCUAGAAAAUGAAUUGAAGAUCUCCAGUGAGAGACUGUGAGACGGGAAACUCUGCAAGAAGAGAAGAAAGCACCUCUUCACUGCUUUUCUGGACAGUAACUACCAGGACAGCCUGAUUAGUCUCGGCAGACAACAUUUUGCACAUAAAGUAAGCAACAUCAAUACAGUUCUAGACAAUAAUAUACUAUGUUUGAAUCAUUUCUUUUGGGAUGCUAUAGCCUUUUCCCUUCAGCAUUUAUUUCAUUUAAACAUUCAUCAAAGUAGUAAAGUCAAUAGAUUUCUGACAGGGACAGAAUACAAACGCCCUCAGGGCUAUGGAAUGUUAUUAUCGUUGUAAUGAACAGCACAUUUGUCAUCAACUUCUACGGCCUUUUUCUACAAAUAAAGCAAAUGCAAUUUAAAUUGCAGCUUAUUCCCGUUGUUAUAAAUACAAAUGAGAAUGAAAAAAGAGCAAUAAACAAAAUUUGCAUUGAGAUCUCAUCUUGAAAACUGAAAGCUCUGGAGAAAGUAUGAAUCAAGAGAGAGUCUUGAGAGCAGAGGAAAUUCAGGUGCUGUUUUAAGUGUGCAGUCUUAUGUAUUCUUCAGUUAUGUUUCAUCAACUGCCCCAACAAAAAUGAAAUCUUUAAACAAACUUAUAGUGUACAUAUGUCUCUGCUUUGGCUGCUAUAAUACUUCAUAUACCCUCUUUCAACGUGCUCUGCAUGACUUUUCCCCCACAACUACAAUAUCAUCUGGCUGGCUCAUUAUCAGAGCCUGGGAGAAAGAAUGGCAGAAGGUGAGAGCACUGUUUUUGCAAAACUUCCUCUUCCUGCAACAGAACCAGAGGAAACAUUUUCUUUCCCUCCUUACAGAGAGUGAGCAGAGGAUGACCCAGGUUGUGGUGCUGCGAGGUUGGAGAGAAAAAGCCUUGAGAACUGGGCACAGAGCUUGACAAAAAACAACUGCAGAAUUGAAAGAUAAAUACUAGAGAGAGAAUAUUCGAUAUCUGGUAGGUACUAACAUACGUGCAAGACAAAUGUUGAUCUCAUAAAUCUGCUAUUACUUAAGCACAUCUGUCCUUGGUUUCAAGUAUGUGGCAGGCAACAGAAAGGAGUGGAAUGGGAGUCCAAUAAGCAUUUAAAAACACCUGCAAGGUGAUCAACAGCUAAAGAGAAGAGAUCAUACUCUCAGAACUAAGAGGAACUCCAGUCUCUACUUAUCUUCGAUACUUCCACAGAAUAAAUACAUUAAGUAAUAAAGAUAAAGCAGAAUCUGAUGUGUCCAGAGGAGAGGAAGAUUGUUUAACCUGUCAGCUCUUAAUCGGAAGUGAUACAUCCUGAAUGGAUAGACCACUUUACCCCAUAUGGCUGAAGCUUUCUUCACAGACAUGAAAUUGAAAUGUGACUCAAAGCCCUUAAAAAUAAAAUCUGCUUUAAAUAAACUAAGUUAUGGUGAAACAUGAUAUGUAGUCACCUAUUUGUUGCAUAUGUUACACCACUUCCAGUGGAAUUGUAUGUGUGGGACGAUUUUGUUCGUGCAUGUUGAAACCUGAACUAA